AGCGCCGAGAGGAGCCGACCCGGGGCUCACCGCCUCCCAGCGGGGGCGACAGCAGAGAAGUUCCCGGAGCAGCGGAGGAGUUGCUGUGGAUCUUUACCGACCCGUUAAUAACCGGAUACUGCUGAUCACCACCGGACUGAUCUCAUUAGAGGAAUGGAUCCAUUUUGGGCAUUUUAGCGGAUAAAACGCGCCUUUUCUUCCCGUUUCUUCGCACCGAAUCGAUACAUUUCUGCUCAUCAAUCAUACUGAAUCCAUUUUUUCAUCCAUCAGGCUCACGGAGCUGUAAAGCAGGGAUCGUUUAGACCCGGUGGAGACCCCGAGUGAAUUAUCUCCUCCACGGUGAAAUAAACCCACAUGCUGGCCGUAAAUUACCCACUUAACCCCCUCAGGAGAGAGAGAGGCAGAGAGACAUAGACUCACAGCGCACACAGAGUUAUUACCUGCAUCAGACACCAGCUUUCUGCAGAGAAAGCAACAAAAAAAGAACUUGAAAAUCUGCAAAACAGGCAGAAAAGGUCAAUUUGGUGGAAAUUAACCUGAAAAAAAUCACAUUAUUGGACAAAUUGUUAAUUAAAUGACAUUAAAAGUCAAAAGGUGAAUUUUCCGACAUUAAAAUACUAAAAAACGACCCAAACAAACUAAACUGAGACUCAAUGGCAAAUUUUCUUGACAUAAAAUACAAAUUUAAAUCAUACUUAAUAGAAAUAUAAUCCAAAAUAUCAUCUGAUUAUUAGCUGACUUGGUUUUAAAGUAAGAAAAACCCCAAAUGCAAUCAUACUAAUUGUCGUCGUGGCUCCUAAUAUUGACCUUAAUGUUCUGUGAGGUUUUUUUAUUUUUUUAUCUCCCAUUGUAUCGUAAUAAUAAUCCCAUAAUAGUCUGAUAGGGGUUUUAUUUAUGCCUUAUUGCAGUUCUGGAAGAGCUUUAACUCAGAAGAAAUUAACUUUAUAACGACCUGGAGACGAUAACCUGCCGCUUCAAACCUCCCGCGAUGGUUAACAUUUGGUUUAGAGUCUCCGGCUCGGAAACAUGAAGCUCCUAAUGAAGGUUUUUAUCAUCUAAAAGUGCUUUUUAAUGGAUAAUCUGUGAGUUAGUUCAGAUAAAGUGAGAUUCCAGCUUGUUUUUCUCAACAUAUAGGCUGUUAACGAGGCUUUGUUCACAGUUUGUGUCUGCUGGUUUGGCUCCUGAUUCCCAGUGAAGCCUAUGGAUGGUACGCUCACUGUAUAGCCACAUCCUCAACAGCAUACCACCUCCUCCUCCUCCUCCUCCACCUCCUCCUCCUCCUCCUCAGCCUCCUCUAGAACUUGAAAUCGAGCCAUGCAGCAUUGAUUUUUCUUUCCUCACCGCAAAACCAAAAACGCACACGACCAUCUCAUCUCUCUUCAUGGUUUUGUCAGUUUUUGUUGCCUGAAAUGUAAGACAUCGCCGCGGUGUUGAUUUCCCACCUCGAGCCGGAGCUGAAGGGCGCUCCGAGCCGUCCGGCGGCUGCAGCGGCGGCGAGGUCAAAGGUCAGGUGUUCAGAGAUACACCAGAGUGGAGCUCUGACAGACUGAGAAAACACACAAAGAGAUCGUACGAGCAUAAAUGAAUGCUCCUCUGACGUUUCUUUGAAGUUAGAAGGAAACUUUCACAGCCAGAUGGGUCUGAACGACAGCAGCCCGGGCGCCAUGCGGAACGGCCGCGGCCUCUCGGACCAGUGGGCGGAGUCGGUGGUGGUGCGGCCGCGGACCACCGAGCGCCACAUCACGGUGCACAAGCGGCUGGUGCUGGGCUUCGCCCUCUCCAUCCUCACGCUCAUCAUCGUCACGGCGGUGGCCGUGGUGCUCAGCGUGCGCUUCGAGGAGUGCGGCGGGCGGGACCGCAACGGAGGCGCGGCGGGGGAGUCGGGCUCCCGGGGCUCCGGAGGGUCCGCCAAGCUGAACGGCAGCAGAGGCGAGAGGACGGGGGAGCGGGGGGACGACGAGGCGGCCCAGCCCUGGAGGAGCUCCAGGCUGCCGGGCUCCAUCCGGCCGCGGCACUACGACCUGGCGCUCGCCGUCUACAUGGACAACUUCACCUUCUCCGGAGAGGUCAGCAUCGAGCUGGAGUGCAUCAACGCCACCCGGUUCAUCGUGCUGCACACCGACCGCCUCGAGGUGGACAAAGUGUCCGUCACAGCGGAGAGCGGCGCGGGCGGCCGUCCCGCCAACAAACCGGGGGGCGGGGCCAUGCGGAUCCACCGCCACUUCCCGUACCCGGCGACCCAGAUGUACGUGGUCGUCCUGCACCGCGAGCUCAAACCCCUCAGGACGUACCGGCUCAACGUCAGCUUCGACGCCGCCAUCGAGGACGAGCUGCUCGGCUUCUUCAGGAGCUCGUACACCCUGCACAGAGAGAAACGCUACCUGGCGGUGACUCAGUUCAGUCCGAUCCACGCCCGGAAGGCGUUCCCCUGCUUCGACGAGCCGGUCUACAAGGCCACGUUCUCUCUGACGCUCCGCCACGACCCUCAGUACACCUCGCUGUCCAACAUGCCGGUGGACAGCAGCUCGCUGUCGGACGAGGACGGCUGGCUGACCAACCACUUCGCCCGCACGCCGCGCAUGUCCACAUACUACCUGGCCUGGGCCGUCUGCAACUUCACCUACAAGGAGACGCAGACCGGCAGCGGAGUGACGAUCCGCCUGUAUGCUCGGCCGGACGCCAUCUCCAGCGGCGCGGGGGACUACGCUCUGGACAUCACCAAGAAGCUCCUGGGAUUCUACCAGGACUACUUUAAAGUCCAGUACUCUCUGCCCAAGCUAGACUUGUUGGCUGUGCCCAAACAUCCGUACGCCGCCAUGGAGAACUGGGGGCUGAGCGUCUUCGUGGAGCAGAAGAUCCUAUUGGACGCCGAGGUGUCGUCGUCGUCCUAUCAGAUGGAGCUCACCAUGGUGGUCGUGCAUGAAAUCUGCCACCAGUGGUUUGGUGACCUGGUGACUCCGGUCUGGUGGGAGGACGUCUGGCUGAAAGAAGGUUUCGCUCAUUUCUUCGAGUACGUCGGCACCGACUUCCUCUUCCCAAAGUGGAACAUGGAGAAGCAACGCUUUCUGACUGAUGUCCUCCAUGAGGUGAUGUUAUUGGACGGUCUAAGCACCUCCCACCCGAUCUCCCAGGAGGUGGAGCAGGCCACGGACAUCGACCGAGUCUUUGACUGGAUAGCUUAUAAAAAAGGGGCGGCGCUGAUCCGGAUGCUGGCGAACGUGAUGGGACAGACGCUGUUCCAGAAAGGACUCAAUGAUUAUCUGCUGAGUCACAUGUACAGCAACGCAGCCAGAGACGACCUGUGGAGCAAACUGUCUCAGGCCAUGCGCUCAGAGGGGCGGGACAUCGACAUCGGGCAGAUGAUGGACAGGUGGACACUGCAGAUGGGAUAUCCUGUGGUGACCAUCAGCAAGAACCAAUCAGAGCAGCUCCCCACGCAUUACAUCACCAUCAGCCAGGAGCACUUCCUGUACGCGCAGGAGGUUAAGAGCAACAACAGCUUACAGUGGCAGAUCCCUCUCACCGUCUCUGUGGGGAACUCUUCCAGUGUUAGUUCAGAGAUUCUCCUCUGGAUCAACAACAAGACAGAAACCCACCGGAUUGGUCAGAUCGAUGAUAACACAUGGUUGCUAGGCAACAUCAACCAGACAGGAUACUUCCGUGUGAACUAUGACCUCCAGAACUGGAAACUGCUGAUUCAGCAGCUACACAACAACCCUCAGAUCAUCUCCGUUGGAAACAGGGCCGGACUAAUCGAUGAUGCCUUCAACCUGGCCAGGGCCGGGUACCUCCCCCAGGGCGUGCCGCUGCAGCUGAUUGGCUACCUGCCGGAGGAGCCGUCCUUCCUGCCGUGGCACUCGGCCAGCCGAGCGCUCUACCAGCUGGACAAGCUGCUGGACCGCACAGACGAAUACAGCCUGUUCAGUGACUAUGUGCUGAAGCAGGUUGCGUCGCGGUACCAUCAGAUGGGUUGGCCAACGUACGGGCCGGCCAGCGAGGGCAACGUGCUGCAGGCGUCCUACCAGACAGAAGAGCUGCAGAGGGAGCUAAUCAUGUUAGCAUGUAGCUUCGGGAACAAACAGUGCCACCGCCAGGCCGUCGCCUACAUCUCUGACUGGAUCUCCAGCAACAAGAACAGGAUUCCUCUCAACAUCAGAGACAUCGUGUACUGCACCGGGGUCAGUCUGAUGGACGAGGACGUGUGGGAGUUCAUCUGGAUGAAGUUUCACUCGACCAACGCCGUCUCAGAGAAGAAGAUCCUGCUGGAGGCUCUGACCUGCUCCGACAACACCUUCCUCCUCAACAGGCUGCUGAACCUGUCCCUGACCUCUGACCUCGUCCCGGAGCAGGAUGUGAUUGAUGUCAUCAUCCACGUGGGCAGAAACCCGCAGGGCCGAAACCUCGCCUGGAAGUACUUCAGAGAAAAGUGGGACAUCCUGAACGCUCGUUACGGUGAAGCUUUGUUCAUGAACUCGAAGCUCAUCGGAGGCGUCACAGAGUUCCUGAACACGGACAGAGAACUCAACGAGUUGAAGGAGUUCAUCCAGACGAGCGGCGUGGGGGCGGGGCCUGCGCUGCCGCGGGCGCUGGAGAUCGUCGAGGGCAACGUGCGCUGGCACCGCCUCCACCGGCGGCAGUUCUACCAGUGGCUGCGUAAACCAGCGAACUCCGCCCUCGGCUAGCGCCGCGCCGCUAGCGACUGCAGACUGACUCCAUGCUAACAGCUGCUGCAGUCAGACGGAGUGAAAAGACUUAAUGAGGAGACUCGACCGGUCGUUCUGCUGCUCUCUCUACUGGUUUUUGCUUUUAAAGACGUUUGUUUUGCAAACUUUUUAUUUCAGAUGGAAUAUUUAUUUUUUCAGAGCUGCUAGCUAGCAGUGAUUCAGUCAUCGCUAGCGAGCAACUAGCCUCAAAACAAAAUCUGUUUCUUCAUUUAAAUGGAAACAGAUUAUUUCACCAACAACCUUUUAACUUUUGCAUUUCACUAGUAGGAAAAAAAACCUUUGAAAUGCCCAUGCAGAAAAUACUUUAUCUGCAAAACGAUUAGUUGUUAACCUUACAGUUACGAUUAGAAACUCCUUGAAACUGGCAAAAUGAGAUAAAACUGCAGUCAUUUAUGGUAAAAAAAACUAAAAAACAAACCUUUCUGAGUAGGUACGAUAUGUGUUGUGACACAACUUUACACAAAGUUAGAUGAUAAAUGUGGCAAAGAUGUUAGAUAAAGAUGUUAGAAACUGCUUCAUCAGCCGGAAAGCUUCUCAAGUCUGAGCUAAAAGUCUAAAAAAACAAAUCCUGAUCAGAUCAGAAUUCAUCACCUUCUUAUUUGACCUGGAAUCAGCCAAAAAUGGAAAACCUUCAGGAAAAAAUGUCUUGUUCUUUAACCCUCUGAACCCAAACAUGUUUUCUUUAAAAGAUUGCCAAAAAGAUAACAAUUAUAGUAGAAAGAAACUGUAAAAACUGGCAUUAACAUCAGAGUUUGAUCUUUCCAACAGUCCUUGAACGUAUCAUAGGUUAUGAAAGUUUCUGUUAGAAAAAGUGACCAAACCGAAACUUAAAAUGUUGAUAUUUGUGUCCGAAUCUCUUUAUUCUACAUGUUUAAUUUAAAAUAAAGUGUUUUCUCUAACCAGAUUCUGUUAAAAACAUUACAUUCGGUGACAAAUAAUCACUGAAAAUCUGUUUACACAGAGCAGAGAGGAGAGGACAGGAGAGGCUGUUUACACAGAGCAGAGAGGAGAGGACAGGAGAGGCUGGAAACAUGACGAUACUUCAAUAUGUACAAUAUGUGUAGAAAAUUGUUGUUUUUUUCAAUAUUUGUGACAUUUGUGGCCACUUGGAAAGGUGUUGAAUGGAUAAAUUCCAUUUUGUUUUGUUACAUUUUUUUAAUUAGUUUGUCAGAGACAUUCAACUUGCGUUUUUUCUUUUUUUUCUGAUUUCUCUCAUUCUAACUGUGUUAUCCUGCACAAAGACAUGUUUGAGUUGUUCCCACUUCUAGCCAUGAUUGCGCAGGACUUAUACAUCUCUAUAUUUUUCAUAUAUUGAAGUUAAUCACAAGGCCACAGUGAAUAAAAUGUAAAAAGAGCAGCAACAAAAAAAGGCCUGAAACAGCUCGUUGGGGUUCAGAGGGUUAAUGAACAAGCAUCAUUUCUGACAGCAUGAUAUUUUCUGCAGGAUAAAUCUGUUUUCAGCUCUUGGCUCUGAUGCAGAUCGGUCAUGAACCAGAAACCCCGAACAGUUUGAAUCAGACCUUCCUGCGUUCGCUACAUUAAACCUGCUGACAUUAAGAGGCAGAUUAACCAGCAGUCUGCUGCAUGUCGAUCAUUUAACAGCGCUGUAAUUAACACAACGUGGACUCGCUGUCCUCUGAUCGCAGCGCUCUGAGGACUCACUCGCACUCAUUAACUCUCCACAACAAUGUUCAAACUGCUUCAGCUAGAAUUUAAAGAGCAGCUUUGUUUGGGGGGGCUUCAAAAACUCCAGCCGUUUGGACAAAAACAGCAGGUUUGAGAGGCUUUGUUGAGAGCCUCGCUUUAGGGAAAUUACUUUGAAAAUAAAAGCUGAAAAUUUCGCUGUGAGCAUGUGGAGGCAGCAUGUGGAGGAAGCAAUCAUGUUGUGGUGUGUUUUGUUUGAAACAGCAGAGAUGGAAAACCUUUUUAAAAAAAAGCUUAAAAUGAAAAUGAAUUAAGAAGCCCGAAAAAGGUUUUCACAUCCAGUACAGGACAUAAUGGGAUGGAGACUGAAGCUGACAUUAUUCAGAAAACUUGUUAGAAGUUUGAUCGACUUUUGACAGCCUUCACAAAAAACUAACCCAUGAAUUUAACUUGUCAAAGGUCCAGUUUCUCAUUUCAACUCUACAUUAUAUUGUUUAAACAGUUCAAGGCACAAAAAACGAGCUAUUUUCAAGGCCAAAUGUUUGAGAUUUUACAACAAAACAAAAAGCCAAAAGGACGAAAGAAGACUUGGAUUUGUUGAGAGCCCUUUAAAAAAAAACCUAACCCAUGAAUUAAACUUGUGAAAGUUCCAGUUGGUCUCCCGUGUGAAAUAUUCAUCUGUGUCUUCUGUACCAUGUAAUCAUUUUAAUAUUUGGCCACAGAAAUCAGAAAUGGCAGAAAGUAUGUUUAUUGCAGUAAAGAAGAAAUGACCCAUGAAUUUAACUUCCAAGUUCCAGUUUUCAUUUUCCAAUCUCCCGUGAAAAAUAACCAGGGUUCUUCUGUUCCAUCUGUCCAUUUUAACAGUUGAACUGUUCUGGCCACAAAAAAUGAGGCAAAUGUUGAUGAUUUUAUGACACAAAAAUGCCAAAAACGACAAAAAGAACAAGACUUUUUUCUGGCCAGAUGACCCAAAUAAAUAAGAAAAGACCCAUGAAUUUAACUUACGAUAGUGUACAUUUUCAGCCGGCUUCUAUUCCAUCUAUACAUUUUAACAGUUGAACUGUUAAAAAUGGCCAUAAAAAUCAACCUUUUAGCAAAAAAGAAGGAAGAGAAACAAGGCAAAUGUUGGUGAUUUUACAAGACAAAAAAUCACAAAAACAAAAAAAGAACAAGACUUUGUUCUCGCCAAAUUACAUUCUUAGUACUUUUCUUUUUCAUUGUCUUUUGAGACACAAAACAGAGAAUAUUUCAUAAAUGAAAAGGUCACACAAGCUUUUAAUACUAUAUCAAUUAUAUACUAAUCAUAAGUAUUUUGUUCCGCACAGAGAAAGCCGUUGUGUUGUAUUAAGGAUUUCUUUUCCCACCAAAUUACUCUUUUCCUCUGAAAAAUGCAACUCUAAUAUAGUUGUGGGAAUUAAUGGCAUACAAAAUUCAUGUUUUAUAUUUGCAAAUCACACAAUGAAAUGGCAGAAAGUAUGUUUAAGUCAGUAAAAUUGACUCAAAAGGCAAAAAAAAAAAACCCAGAAAGAACAAGAGUUGUUUCCUGCCAGAUGUCAUUCUUAGUAUUUUCUUUUUAAACAGAGAGAAUAUUUCAAAGUUUCUUAUACUAUUACACAAACUUUGCUGUUUCAGAAAUAACUCCCCUAUUCACCAAUUUUCUUUAUUUGUAGUUAGUUCAGAUUGCACAGAAGUACCAAUUAUAUUACAUCAUCAUUUUUCAAUUCUCACAGCUAAUAAAGACAUAUUUUCAGUGCAGAAAAGGCCUUACAUUAUGGAUUUUCUAACCAAAGCUGCUUUUUCUGACCACAUGAACUCAUGACAGAAAGUCAGUUUAUGGCAGAAAACAAAACUAUGGAACAGUUUUGUCACAACAAUAGUCUCCACCCACCUGAAAUCAGUCAAAGGAACUUUCUUGUUACUUAGUGACCUGGUAGAAGCUGACAGCAGCUCCUGAGAGGGACUUAUUGAAUAAAAGAAGUGACAGAUGGAUGAGAAAGAACACACAAUCUCCCUUUGUGGAGUCAGGGGGACUAUGACUAUAGCUGACAGUUUCUAUGACAACCUUUCUGUCAGGCUGCAACCUUUGGAGAUAAUAAAAAUAAAAAAACCUUUGACCAAAUAAAAACUCAAACAGAUCUCAUCGGUUUCACAAAGCACAAAAAACCAUAAAGUUGUCGGAUGAAGGCCGUCGUCCCUCAGCUGCUGGGCAGAAAGUCUCAUUUUUUAGCCAAUCAGUGGUUAGCUUUCAAUCAAUCUUUUGGGUUUAUUUUUUUUAAAUAAAUGAGUGGUAGACUAGAUGGAGGAUGGGGGGAAAAGAACGAGAUAAUUGAGUUGUUGAGUGUCUUUAUAUGCAGACGAUGUGGUGUUUUUAAUGGCACUGUUCUCUUGACUCAAGCUUAUCAUCAGUGGACUUUUACAGUUUGUGCAACAGAUUGGACGAUAAAAAAUGGAGCAGAUUCUGCAGCACGAUGGAUUUUGUGGCGUUGGUGGAAUUUACAGUGUUUGCAGAGCGAUGGAUUAACAAAAUUCAUCGGCUGACGGACUUUUCAAGGUUUUGAAUUCGAACAUGUGACGGAUUCUGCAGUGGACGUUGUACGAUAAGACGGAUGGUAAGGAUUUUUUGUUGAGGAACUCCUGCUGUGCGAAAGAUUUUAAGAAGAUUUUAAGAUUUACAGCCAUACUGACUGACAACUCCACAGUUUGUCGGAUUGGCGAUGCAACGGAUCCUCCCGUGUGAUCAAAAAAAAGACGUCAGAAAGCGUGAACUCUGCAGAUCGGCAGAUGUUCCAGCAGCACGGA